AUGUCGAAUUUGGGACCCACUCUCGGUGUUCUCGUUCUUGGAGUUUUUCUGAAUACCUACCUUUACGGGGUCGUGAGCUACCAAUAUAUGGCAUACGCAAACACCAAAUUCAACGAUCCUUUGUGGAUGAAGUGCGCACUUAUUCUCCUGAAUUGGUCUGACAUUGAUGUUUGCUUUUUGAGAGUGACAGUGCUCGCCCUCUUUCUCCUCGACACGGUGCAUACCGCGUCGCUCAUUCAUAUGGCGUGGUACUACACGAUUUCGCACUUCGCAGACGUCACAGCACUGUCAAAUAACAUCUGGGGCCUCCCAUUUACCGUGCUCGUCACAGCCCUCAUAGCAUCCUUGACGCAGCUGUUUCUGGGUUAUCGCCACGGGUUCGUUAGCUCUUGGAGUGCUUUGCUGUGCCAAGGUGUGGUCCUUGAAAAGCGUCCUCGACUUUCCGAAAUCAAUUCGUACCUGACUGCUUGGCUGUCUGUGGAGGUCGCAGUAGACGCGAUCGUCUCUUCCGUCCUCAUUUACUCCCUUAUCAGAUCUCGUACGGGCUUCGAGACUUCGGAUACAAUCAUCAACCGAUUGAUGCGCGCGACUAUUCAGACUGGCGUCUUCUGUGGGAUAUGCUCUAUCCUAGCAUUGGUUAUGUUUCUAAAGAAGCCGGACACCCAACUGUAUGGCCUCUUCGGAUUCCCAAUUAGUCGCUUGUACACCAAUUCCUCGAACACUGAAACUGGUACCAAUUAUGCAGACACUCAUGGACACCCUGUUAUGCCGCCAAUAUUUGCGCGGUCUGCUAGGCCAGCGUCAAGAGGGAGUACGAACAACGGGUAG